CCUCUCCUCUCCUCUCAUCCUUCUCUCCCUCUCUGCAGGUGCUCCAUGAGAUGAUAGAUGUUCCAGGGACCAGUCUGAAGCUGUGCUACCUGAGCUCCAGGACGUCAGGCUACCACAGCCUGCUGAAGGUGACCAUGACCCCAGCCAUGGUUUCUCUGGGCCUGCUCAAAGUCCACCUGAUGGUGGCUGUGGAGGGACAUCUCUUCCAGAAGUGGUUUCACGCCUCGCCCAACCUGGCCUACACCUACAUUUGGGAUAAAACAGAUGCCUAUGGACAGAGAGUCUACGGGCUGUCGGAAGCUGUCGUGUCGGUGGGGUAUGAGUAUGAGUCAUGUGCCAGUCUGAUCCAAUGGGAGAAGAGGACAGUAGUACUACAGGGCUUUGAACUGGACCCUUCUAAUCUGGGAGGCUGGUCUCUGGAUAAACACCAUAUCCUCAACACACGCAGCAGUAUCCUCCAUAAGGGUAGUGGUGAGAACGUGUUUGUGUCACAGCAGCCCCCUGUGAUCAGCAGUGUAAUGGGGAACGGCCGUCGACGCUCUAUCUCCUGCCCCAGCUGUAACGGCCUCGCCGACAGCAACAAGCUACUGGCGCCCGUAGCCCUGGCAACAGGCAUCGACGGGAGCCUCUACGUGGGAGACCUGAACUUCAUACGCCGGGUCUACCCCUCGCUCAAUACCACGGGCAUACUGGAACUGAGGUAUUACUUCCUGGCCAUUGACCCGGUAACAGGAGCGUUGUUGAUCUCGGAUACCAAUUCGCGCCAUAUCUACCGUGUGCGCUUGCUGACGGGCGGGCGGCUGCUGUCGGACAGCGCAGAGGUGGUUGCUGGGACGGGAGAGCAGUGUCUGCCCUUCGACGAGCGCUGUGGGGAUGGAGGCAAAGCUACUGAGGCAACACUGAUGAGCCCCAAAGGUAUUGUUGUGGAUCAGAAUGGUCUGAUGAAGUGUCUGUAUGUUUCUCCAGGUAUUGCUGUGGAUCAGAAUGGUCUGGUGUAUUUUGUGGACGCCACUAUGAUCCGUAAAGUUGACCAAAACGGGAUCAUCUCCACUCUACUGGGCGCUAACGACCUGACCGCAAUACGACCACUCAGCUGUGACGCUAGCAUGGACGUCAGCCAGGUGCGUCUGGAGUGGCCUACAGACCUGGCAGUAAACCCCAUGGAUAACUCUCUGUACGUCCUGGAGAACAACGUCAUCCUGCGCAUCACUGAGAACCACCAAGUGAGCAUCAUAGCAGGGCGGCCCAUGCAUUGUCAGGUUCCAGGUAUAGACUACAGCCUGAGUAAGCUUGCCAUCCAUGCUGCGUUGGAGAGCGCGACAGCCAUCGCCCUGUCUCACACCGGACUUCUCUACAUCGCUGAGACAGACGAGAAGAAGAUCAACCGCGUCAGACAGGUGUCCACUAAUGGUGAGAUCUCUCUGCUAGCCGGCACCUCGUCGGACUGCGACUGCAAGAAUGACGUUAACUGCAACUGUUUCCAUGGCGAUGACGGCUACGCGCCCGACGCCGGCCUCAACUGCCCCGCCUCGCUCGCCGUCUCACCCGACGGAACGCUCUACAUCGCCGAUCUUAACAACAUACGCAUCAGAGCCGUGCGAGCCAAUCGGCCCGGGCCACCCGCCUCAGGAUCAGGAUCGAUGAUGGGACAAUACGAAGUUGCGUCUCCACGGGAACAGGAGCUCUAUGUGUUCAACGGUGACGGUCAACAUCUACAGACCGUGAGUCUGGUCACCGGAGAACCAUUAUAUAACUUCACCUACGGGCAGGACAGAGAGCUAGCCACGGUGGUGGACAACUGCAACAACACUCUCAGGGUGAGAAGGGAGGGUCUGGGCCAGGGGGGGAGUUCUGGCCUCCUCAGACUGGUGUUACUGCCGGAGAACCAGGUGGUGACCCUGGGUUUGGACCCUGCUGGGGGGCUGAAGAGUGUCUCAGCCCAGGGACAGGAGGUGGCCCUACUGGGGUACUCUGGGAGUACAGGACUACUGGCCACCAAGGCUGACGAGACCGGAUGGACCACCUUCUACCAGUAUGACAGUGAGAAGUAA